AUGGCUACUAAGCAAAAAUAUAAAUGUCUAUCUCUUUCGGAAAAGAAAGAAGUGAUCGCGGCGGUAGAAAGUGGUAAAGCGAAGUCGGAAGUUGCAAAAACAUUUCAAAUCCCUGCGAGUACCUUGUCUACCAUUAUAAAAAAUAAACAAAAAAUAGUUGAAGUGAGUUCCGUAGCAGGAAGAAAAAGAACGACAAAAGGUGAAUAUCCUAGAUUAGAAGAGUGUUUAGUCACAUGGCUUAGACAGUGUAGAGAUAAAAAUGUUCCUGUUGGAGGUUCGCUUUUAAAAGAAAAGGCAAAGGCAUAUGCUAAAGAGCUUGGCAUCCCCAGCUUUGCAGCAAGCGGAGGCUGGUUGACUAAUUUCAAAAAACGUAAUGGUAUAUUUUUUAAAAAGGUUUGUGGGGAAAGCGCUAGCGUUAGCGACAGUGUGUGUUCCGAUUGGCGUGCAGAGUUGUCCAGAUUAACAGAAAGUUAUGAACCACACAACAUUUUUAACACCGACGAGACCGGCUUAUUCUUUAAAUGCAUGCCGGACAAGACAAUUACAUUUAAAGACGAGAAAUGCCACGGAGGGAAACAUAGUAAGGAAAGGUUAACUCUUCUGGUGACUGUUAACAUGGAUGGUUCCGAAAAAUUGAAGCCCCUCCUCAUCGGGAAAGCAGCAAAACCUAGGUGUUUUAAAGGUAUCCAGUCAUUUCCCGUAACCUACCGCUCGAACAAAAAGGCGUGGAUGACAACGGAGUUGUUUAACGAGUGGUUAAAUUCAUUGAACAGCGACAUGAAAAAACAAAAUCGUGAAAUCCUCUUAUUCUUUGAUAACUGUUCAGUUCAUAACAACCCUCCAAAUCUCUCGAAUGUGAAACUUCACUUUUUUCCACCAAAUACAACAUCCAAGUUGCAGCCUCUAGACCAAGGCAUAAUUCAAAACUUCAAAGCAUUUUACAGACAUGAAAUAGUCAAGAUUGUACUGGAUGGAAUUGACAGUAAUGCAACUCCAAACAUCUCUAUUCUCACAGCCAUGUUGAUUAUUGAAAAAGCGUGGAAAAGUGUGAGUCAAACGACAAUAUUUAACUGUUUUCGUAAGUCUGGAUUCUGUGUUAACACACCCGAUGAAGAACUUCAAGUUGUGCAGCCAACACCUUGGGAAUCUCACCCUGUAAUAGGAGAUGUUCCAUUUGAAGAUUUUGUGCAAGUUGAUGACGAAGUUGUAGUAUGGGGAACCCUUACUGAUGCUGACAUCUUGGCCGCUAAAGAUGAAGAACAACCUGAUGUUGAUAACGAUGAGGAAGACCAGGAGUUCCCGCCUGUCACACUGAAGGAAGCCAGCACAUCCUUAAAAUCAGCUGUUUGUUUAGUUUAA